UCUGAAAUUGACAUCUACAUAGAGAUAUUUGAAACAAAUAUCUGAAGAGGGUUAUCCCCAGUCGACCAGAACCCAACACUGAAAGACACAAGAAGAAAGGAAGGCAUGGCAGGGUUUUUCAGCAUCUGUUCUUCUACUCAUUAUCAUUUGCAGCUCAGGAAUGGAUCGGUUCAGUAUGAACUGAUUAGACCAAUCAAGUGCAGACCAAGGGGCAUGAUCAGGUGCUGCAGCACGGCAAGGGGAAAAGUCAGGGAGGACUACUACCAAGCGCUAGGAGUGACGGUUAAUUCAACGCCUCAGGAGAUCAAGGAGGCUUACAGGAAGCUCCAGAAACAACACCAUCCUGAUAUUGCUGGCUACAAGGGUCAUGACUACACCCUACUGCUGAACGAGGCAUACAAGGUGUUGAUGAGUAGUUCUAGGAAUGCUAAUGCUAAUGCUAGUGGAAGAGGCUUUGGGAGCGGUUUCACUGGAAACGGGUACAGUUCAUGGAACGGGCCUGUGAGAAGCCAGGCACUCUUCGUGGACGAGAACAAAUGCAUAGGAUGUAGGGAGUGCGUGCAUCACGCCCGAGAGACAUUCGCGAUGGAUGAUGUUCUUGGAAGCGCGCACGUCGAAGUCCAGUUUGGAGAUCUGGAGCAGCAGAUACAGGUGGCUGUGGAUUCGUGCCCUGUGAACUGCAUCCACUGGGUUGGGAGCCAGGAGCUGGCGGUGCUGGAGUUCCUGGCACGGCCGCAGCAGAAGGAAGCGCACGGCGUGUUCGGCGGCGGGUGGGAGAGGCCCCGGGAUGUGUUCGCCGCCGCCAGAAACUUCACCAGGAGGCUCGAGAGGCAGGAGCAACAGGAGAUGGCACCGGAGCAACGAUACAAUGAUGAUGCACGCGAAGAAGCCGAAACCGUAGCGCAGGCUGAGGGAAGGCGUCGCGCAGGGCAGGAGCUCAGGUGGAGGCGUUUGCUCGAUGUCUUGAAUGGGCUGAGGGACCGGAGGAAACCUGGCGCAGAUCGCUAGAUUAUCAAGUGCUCCUUACUUGUUUGCUGGAUACUGUAGAGGAGCAAAAAUGCAACGUUCCCAGCUGUCGCUGAGAGGACAAGUUUACAAUCGUAGAAAUGCAUGAUGUAUAUUAAUGGUCCUAUAAAAACGAUUUACCAUUUCGAUAUUUAUGAUUGGGUCCUAUAAA